UUAACCUAUAACCCUAAUUUGUUAGGUUUGCCGUAGAACCCUAAUGGAGCAUCCAAGUUUUAUUCCUCUCUGCCAUUGCAAUCAGCCUGCUGUGCUGAAGACAGCUUGGACUCAAGCGAACCCAGGAAGGCGGUUCUUUGGGUGCCAGCAUUGGCAUCAGUCUGGAGGAGGUGGAUGUGAUUACUUCGACUGGUUUGACAAAGCUAUGCCUAAUAGAACAAAAUCUAUUCUACUUGAACUGCUAGAAAAGGUUGAUAAGAAUGAAAUGGAGAAUAACAGGAAGACAGCAAAAUGGACUUAUGUCAAGCUAAUACUUCUACUAGUGUUUGUAUUUUAUUUUGGAAGAUGGAGUGCAAGUAGUUUAGGUUGA